CGGCCCACUUGAAGUACGUCAAAGUAGGCUCCUUGUUUGUUAGUUGUUCACGUCUCAUGUUUUUUUUUCUUCUGUGCUUGGGGGAUUUCCAUGUCACUAAACUACAGAGUUUGACUUUUUUUUUCCUGGUCUAUGUGUCGGCUGAGUGACAGCGUACCGAAAAGACAUUGAAUUAUGAUACGCCAGUGUUGAAGACAAGACACUUUAAAUUGAGUCAGACUUUUUGUAGACACUCUGUGUGUCAUGUGAUGAUGUUGAAGUCAAUAAAAGCCUUGUGAAGUUUUUACGUUAUCUAUUAUUUGUUUCGCUGGAGCUGAGCUUCCUUAUACUUGUAAUAUCAAACAGAAAGAACUAGAUCUAUAUUUUUUAUUGAAAAUAUUCUACACAUGUCAAGUCCUUGUGGAUGGACUCAUCUCAUUCGUUGGAUAUUCUUACUUUGAUCUAGAAAACAUUGUACAGUCAAUAGUGUGACUCUUGAAGCUGUGUGCACUGCUACAAAAAGAAACAGAUCUUUAUUUCGGAAUCUAUUUAUCGGUGAUAAACGUGUUUAGUUAGACAUCACACAAACGAACUUAUUCAGAAGUGUGAUAUCAAGAUGCAUGAUACCAAAGUGUGUACUACUCAGGUGUGUGAUAUAAGAAGUAUUAGAGAGAUGUGUCAAGAUUACUGUAAGACUUCUGUCAGAGUGAGCAGAUCACUUGACUUCUUAAAACACGAACUGAGGUCACUACGUCAACAGGAUUUCACCUUACUGAAACAGCUGGUCGCCAUCCAAGACGUCAUCACAGAUAUUAAGCAACAACAUCAGCAGAAGAUAAUGCAGCCGGCAACUCUCCCAAGAACAGGAUCUCUUUCGACUCAGAGGUACCAGAUUGUCAAGUCUCUAGUAUACAGCCAGUCUAUGAGGCGUCUACCCAAAGAGGACUUCCAGGAGCCAGUACAACGUUCUGCUAGUUCUUGGCAACAAGAUUCUUUAGUUUUGUUGAGGUCUGGCUCAGGUUCACCCGAGCUCAGAUAUAGGAGACAUCAACAGAACUCACAAGUUCCUAGUCAUGAUUUGAAGCUGGAUGAAGCGGAGCCCCUCAAAAAACUCAGUGACUCCAAUUUAAAAAGAGAUUUAUCUCCUCUUCUUUAUGUGAAUGAAUGUGACAGAGAAAGUGUCGAUAUGGACAAUGGCUAUCGCUGUGAUACGUCUGUAUUCAAAACGGCUUUGAAGAACGCUGGUACGUUACGAAACUCAACAACUAGCAUAAAUACUCUUCAGUCUGAAAGAGACAGCGUGUAUGGCUCUGGUUUUGAUCUCCGCUCGUCUAGCGACAGCCUCCAUCCUGUCGAAUGGAACUCCUCGGCGCCUUUGUCCCCUGGUCACGCAUUAAGGGCCUCUAUUUCUAAUAAGACUGUUGUGUAACAAGGAAAUAUUGCAUAGGAUCCAAGGACUUGAGACUUAUGAAAGAGAUGCUACUCCCUCUUUACCAACAACGAGCACAGAACACAUGCUUAUCUCCCCUCCUAUGCCCUCAGUUGGUUAUAAUUAAUCGCUGCUUUUCUUUGUAAAACCAAAUGGAGUACACUUGGCUAAAAAUAUUUUUACAAAUGUUUUAUAAACAACAAACUUUAUAAGAAUCUUGUUUAAACAAAAUAAAAAUACAAUUUGUUUGUAUUGUAAAUAAAUGCUCUCUAUUCAUAAAGGUAAAGUGCAGAAAAAAUAUUUUGUUUUUAUAGGAUGUUGUCAGUGUUAACAACGUUUUACUUUAUGUAGGGAUAUAACAAUUUAUUAAUAGCUCAAUCUUGUCUUGUCUAGUGCAUCUGCUCAAAAUAAAUGAAAAAAACAA